AUGGCGAGGGUUCCGCUUAGCGUCCGCCCUUCCUCGAGUCAACCGCAUUAUCGACCGGUUGACGACGAGGAAGCGGCCAGCACGCCCCAUCCGAUGCUCUCUCGAGGAAACAGACUGUUCCGCAUUCCGGUGAUCAUCCCCCUACUCCUGGUGACCACCGUCCUCGUAGCCGGCGUCAUGGCCAUGGCAGAAUCAAUCCCCACAGAAUCGCAUUUGCAAUUCACGACAGUGUCAGGGUACUUUCUCCAGGACGAGCCGACAACCGAUCCGAGCAAGUUCGACUACGUUGAAUCCAACUUCGGCCUGAUCCCACGGAGCUACGACUCCGACGCAGAAUUCGACCCCAAUAGCCAGAAAACGCAGUGGGAACGCUUUACCCACCACAUCGACCAGCUGAAUCGCGACAGCGGGUCUCUCACCAACUACCGCGUGCUCUUCCUCGGCCGACACGGCGAGGGCUACCACAACGUCGCGGAGGCGAAAUACGGCACUGCCGCGUGGGACGUGCGUAUCUCUUCCCUUGGUUGA